CUCUCCCUCUCUCUCUCUAACCGCUCAAAGGGAGAUACGUUGAGUGAUUGGAGAGAGAAGGAGUUUGACGAUGGUGAUGGGGGCUCAUUGGGACUGGCGGUUCGAGCCGAUCGCGAAAUGCAGCUCCGAGGGGCGGUCGAGCCAGACGGUGGCCUCCGACCUAGACGGCACGCUGCUCGUGUCGCGGAGCGCCUUCCCUUACUACAUGCUCGUGGCCCUUGAGGCCGGGAGCCUCGCAAGGGCGCUCGUCCUCCUGCUGUCCGUCCCCCUCGUGUACUUCACCUACGCCUUCGUCUCCGAGACGAUUGCGAUAAGGACCCUGAUCUUCAUCUCGGUAGCCGGGCUGAAAAUCCGGGACGUCGAGUUCGUGUCCCGGUCGGUGCUGCCCAGGUUCUAUGCGGACGACGUCCACCCCGAGGCUUGGAGGGUGUUCAGCUCCUUCGGGAGGCGGUACAUCGUCACGGCGAGCCCCAGGGUCAUGGUGGAGCAUUUCGCCAAGAUGUUCUUAGGGGCCGACAAGGUUCUGGGGACGGAAUUGGAAGUCUCCAGAUCGGGCCGCGCGACCGGGUUCGUCAGGAAGCCCGGGAUCCUUGUCGGCGAGCACAAGAGAGAAGCCGUCCUGAAGGAGUUCGGCAUGAGCGUGCCGGAUUUAGGGCUCGGAGAUAGCAAGAGUGACCACGAGUUCAUGUCCAUUUGCAAGGAAGCAUACAUGGUGCCCAGAAUCAAGUGUGACCCGCUCCCACGGACCAAGCUCUUGAGCCCCGUCAUCUUCCAUGACGGCCGCCUUGUCCAGCGGCCGACGCCGGUAAUCGCCCUUCUCACCUUCUUGUGGCUUCCGAUUGGCGUCCUCCUCGCCAUCCUCCGCGUCUAUACCAACAUCCCCUUGCCAGAGCGCAUUGCCCGCUACAACUACUGCCUCCUUGGCAUCAAACUCGUCAUCAAGGGCAAUCCACCCCCGCCCCCCAAGCCGGGCCACCCCGGCGUCCUCUUCAUCUGCAACCACCGCACGGUCCUCGACCCCGUCGUCACUGCCGUCGCCCUCGGCCGCAAGAUCAGCUGCGUCACCUACAGCAUCAGCAAGUUCACCGAGAUCAUCUCCCCAAUCAAGGCUGUCGCGCUGUCCCGCGAGCGCGACAGGGACGCCCAGAACAUCCGGCACCUCCUCGAGGAGGGCGACCUCAUCAUCUGCCCUGAGGGGACCACGUGCCGUGAGCCCUUCCUGCUCCGGUUCAGUGCACUUUUCGCUGAGCUCACUGACCGGAUCGUCCCCAUCGCGAUCAAUGCAAAGCAGACCGUGUUCCACGGGACCACCGUGAGGGGGCACAAGUUCUUCGACCCCUACUUCGUGUUCAUGAACCCGAUGCCGACUUACGAGAUCACGUUCCUGAACCAACUGCCGCAGGAACUCACGUGCGCGGGCGGCAAGUCGGCGAUCGAGGUGGCGAACUACAUACAGAGGGUCCUGGCAGGGACGUUAGGGUUCGAGUGCACCAACUUCACUAGGAAGGACAAGUACGCUGUGCUCGCCGGGACCGACGGCCGCGUCCCGUCGAAGGAGAAACAGAAGGAGAAUGAGGAGAAGAAGCCGGGCAAACAAUGAGUAAAUUUGGAGAUGGGUUAGGGAUGAAAGAAUCCCAUGAUUUGCACCUUGUUCUCUCCAUGUGUUUGGAUUAAUUAAAGUUCAUGGACAAAAAAAAAAAAAAAGAGAGAGAGAGAGCAAAUAAUGGUAAUUGUAGUGAUCACUUCACAGUUGUCAUAAAAUUCAAUCUACGCUCGUGUAUAUUGCUUCACCUAUUUUAUACCAAGGUCAUUUUAAUUGUAUGCCAAUUUCCUUGGA